ACGUGAAAUCUUCAGUGCAAAUACAAGUUUCUACUUUUAUGUUUAAUUAGAAGUCGUCGAGGUGACAAGAUGGAAGCAAAUUACAGUAAAACCGAAAUAAAACAAUGGCUCGAAAUUUGCUUAUUGAAAGAAAACUUGAAGAAUAUAACGGUUAAUAGUUUCAAAUUUUUAGAAAAAGGUGAAGGUUGCGUUGGAGAUAUUCUAUUUGUGUGUGCGGAAGCUACAGAUAACAACAACACAAUGAAAUCCUACAGUUUGGUUUUAAAGUGUAGCAAAGACAAUCAGGUGCUGAGGGAAAUGUCACCUAUGAAAAAUUUUUUUAUCAACGAAAUAUAUUUUUACGAUACUCUGUACCCAACAUUUACAAAGUUUCAACUUGAUCAUGGAAUCAAUAAUCCUCUCAAUGGUAUCGCAAAGUAUUAUGGCAGUUACGUUAGUGACGACAGACAAGUCAUUGUUGUUGAUGAUUUGACAGCAAAAGGCUACAGUUCAUGGGACAGGAAAAAGCCUAUGCUUAGAAAUCAUAUUGAUUUAAUCGUUCAAGAAUAUGCAAAGUUCCACGCAGUGUCUCUUGCUAUGAAAGACCAACAGUCUGAAGAAUUUGAUAUGUUAACAGAACCAUUAAAUGCACUUAUCAAAAAAUUCCAGAGUAUGGGAAAUAAUAUGAUAUUACAAUUCUGUAGUAAUAUUCAAGAAGUGUAUGAAUUGCUUCGCGAAGAUUUAGAUCAGGAAUUGUUAUUAAAAUGGAAAAAUUUUGGAAAGUUUAUGGAAACGAAUUAUCUUAAAAUGUGGCUCAGCUACAAAGGUUUUAGAGUGGUCAAUCAUGGUGACUGCUGGAAUAAUAAUUUCCUCUUUCAGACGAAGGACCACGACUUAAAUCAACCUAGUAAAGUUGCAAUAAUAGACUGGCAAAUGCUGAGGCUUGGCCCUGCUGUUUCGGAUUUAUCACAUUUUCUUUUUACUUGUAUUUCCGAAGAAGAUAUACAAAACUUGCAAGAUAUUUUGGAGAAAUACCAUAAUUCUCUUUCAAACUAUCUACUACAGUUGCAAACUGAUCCAGCUGUAUAUUCUCGACAACAGUUUUUGGAGGAAUGGGCAAAAUAUAGCAAAUUUGGCAUUAUGAUGUCUUCAACGGCCUUGAAAGUUUGUAUUCUUGAAAAAGACGAAGCAAUUGACAUUGUGGAAGCUGCUAAUAAAGGCGACUUUUCAACCGCAUUUAAAGUUGACUUUAGAAACAAAACACUUUACAAACAAAGGAUGAAACACGUUGUCAAAUAUGUUGCUGAACACGAUCUUAUUUAAUAAAAUCAUGUUAACGACCUUUAUUACAAUAACAACUGCACGAUAAACUAUAAAAAAAAUUAAACACAGUCAACAGAU